GAAUGAUUAUUCAAUCUUCUCCUUUAGAUGGAGAGUUCAGAAUCCGAGCAGUCAUGAUUCUAGAUUAUCCCUGGGAAGAGGAAUUUGCGAUUUCGUCGAGUUCAGAACACAUGAUGCUAGCAUAUAAUAUAACAGACGGAAUAAAUUCAACGUAUACGGAUCAGAGCUCGGCAUUCAAAGAUGUCUUCCUUGGAGUAGACAUGUUUUCUUUUUCAGAUGAAAAUGGUAUCAUCCGGGUAUCGUUCCAGUGCUUGUUCAGCGGCACUCCUUCAGAUGACAUAGGAACCAGGCCUGCCUUCAGCGAUCUCUUCAUCGCCGAGUUGGAGGACGGAUUCGACAACGACAACUUCUACAACCUCACGUUAAAAGACGAUGAACCCGUCAUUGUUGUCCGAUUCACUUCAUUAUGAUCCUAUGGAACCGAUGUGCCUUGCAAAUUAUAUUACUUCACUUAAAGCUGGACUGCACUAUACUUAUAGCUACUUGCGCCCUCCUUAAAGCAAACAAUGCCUAAGCGGUACCCUCUCAUUGGUCCCCCAUGGUCCCCUUUUUCUUAUGUUAAUUGAGAGC